UAUUCAGUUUGUGUCGUAUCGUAAUUAAACCGCAACAAUUAAGCCUGUCGCGUAUCACCGUGAACACAAAGAUGCCUUUGACAUUGUAUUUUAUACCGGAUGGACCGCCGUCUUUGGCCGUCCUGCAGUGCCUUAAUUACCUGAACGUCGACCACAAAUUGGUUAAGGUUGAUAUGGGAACGAGUGAGUACCUGACCGAAGACUUCGCCAAGCUCAAUCCUCAAAAAGAGAUACCCGUUUUGGACGCCCACGGCUUCUACCUUGGCGAAAGCAACGCGAUAUUGCAGUAUCUGGCAGAUAAAUACGCCAAGGAUGAAACACUCUAUCCUCAGGAUGUAAGGAAAAGAGCAGUCGUGAAUCACAGGCUCUGCUUCAACCUGUCAACCUGUCUUCCAAGUGAAUUGAUUAUAAAAUAUCAUGAAAUAUGAUUUGCUUUUACCACCUUUAACACUUAAGAUUCAAGGGACUGCCUUAUAGUAAUUAUUUAUUUGAAAAGUUUUAAAAAAGGUACAACCACGUAAAUACAUUUCAUAUUGUAGCACGGAAUACCCAGAUUUUUGGUCUGUGACCUAAAAAUUCUUGUAACAAAAUAAACCAUAAAAUUUGAAAAAAGGAUCUUAAAAUUGAAGCACUGGAAUAUGUACUCCAAUUUUUGCCAAUUAAUCUAUUUUUUGUGACAUUUUCGAUUAUUCUACAGACUUCCUCAAGGCCUUAAGUUAGACUAAUGAUCUAGUGUUAAUUCACUUAAAAUACAACUGCUAAUUUUCAACAAAA